UAUCCCCACAGAGCAGCCUAGACUGCCGUAUUCAGAGAUCCCAGCUCCCCCAGUUCCUGUUUCCGCCGCAGCCUUUCCACUCAGUUUUCUGGAGCAGCAAACCUCGGCUACCCCUGCGUCAGACCCAGCCUCCGCAGCCCCGGUCGGAUGCCGCUGGAAGCCGGUGUAUCACGUCAAGGAUGCAACUCUAAUAAAAGAAUCCGUUGGGACUGGAAGGAAACAGCAAGACGGUGUGGGGCAAACUGUUCAACACGGAGCUGGGUGGAGGGGAGAAUACACCAACUGGGCCGUCAAAACAGAGACUUCUGAGCAUGCUAGCCAUGCUUUAGCACACACAGGAAAGGCCAGUCAGUCUCUGGAGAAACAACCCUGUCUUUAUUAAACACUCCGCACGCAUCUCUCUCUCAUCUGUCAUUUGCUGUCUACCAUCCCUGCAAAGAUGCCGAUGCCAAGGUUGGCGCUGUGGCACUUGUGGUGACGGGGCACAGAGCGUGUGCGCACGUCCGGCAGGCAGGCCGGUUGGUCGGUGGGUGUACAGGCACACCAAGAGGCAUUUUCUGGCGGGCGUGGUUGAACCAUGCGGCCCUGGGCGGGUUCAUGGCGUUGGAUUACCCUGGUGCUGUUGGCCUGGGGCACACUCCUCUUCUACAUCGGUGGUCACUUGGUGAGGGACAGCGAGCACCCGGAGCGGUCCAGCCGGGAGCUCUCCAAGAUCCUGGCCAAGCUAGAGCGACUCAAACAGCAGAAUGAAGACCUGCGGCGCAUGGCCGAAUCGCUCAGGAUACCAGACGGUCAGGUAGAAGCUGGGUCCCUGGCUGCAGGGAGACUGCGCUCCCUGGAGGACCAGCUAACCCGAGCUAAACAGAAGAUCCACAGCUUCCAGAAACUCACUGGAGAUGGACCCGGGCCCAAUCAGGAGGAGCUGCGGAGAAGCGUUGAGAACGGUGUUAAGGAGUUCUGGUACUUUGUUCGUAGCGAGGUGAAGAAAUUGGCCAACGCUGAGCCCAGCGAGAGGCAGAAGUAUGCUGACACACUCCUGCAGGACCUGGGACACCAGGAGAGGUCCAUCAUGACAGACUUGUACUACCUCAGCCAGGCGGACGGAGUGGGCGAGUGGAGAAUGAAGGAGGCUAAAGACCUGUCGGACCUGGUCCAGAACAGAAUCACCUACCUACAGAACCCCCCAGACUGCAGUAAGGCGAGAAAGCUGGUGUGUAACAUCAAUAAGGGCUGUGGUUAUGGCUGCCAGCUCCACCACGUCGUCUACUGCUUCAUGAUCGCUUACGGCACCCAGCGCACGCUCAUCCUGGAGUCCCACAACUGGCGCUACGCCCCCGGCGGCUGGGAGACCGUCUUCCUGCCCGUCAGUAACACCUGCACUGACCGCUCUGGGGCCACCACUGGACACUGGUCAGGAGAGGCCCACGAUAAGGACGUCCAGGUUGUGGAGUUGCCUAUAGUGGAUAGUCUCCACCCUCGGCCCCCCUACCUGCCCCUGGCGAUCCCUGAGGACCUCGCCCCGCGUCUGCAUCGUCUGCAUGGUGACCCCUCCGUCUGGUGGGUGUCACAGUUUGUCAAGUACCUGGUGCGCCCUCAGGCAUGGCUGGAGAAGGAGAUCCAGCAGACCACCGCCAAGCUAGGCUUCAAACAUCCCAUCAUCGGAGUCCAUGUGAGGAGGACGGAUAAAGUGGGGACGGAGGCGGCCUUCCACCCCAUAGAGGAGUACAUGCUGCAUGUGGAGGAGCAAUUCCAACAUCUGGCCCGACGUGUUCACGUCGACAAGAAACGAGUUUACCUGGCCACCGAUGACCCCUCCCUGCUGCAGGAGGCUAAGACCAAGUAUCCAGACUACGAGUUCAUCAGCGAUAACUCCAUCUCGUGGUCGGCAGGCCUUCACAACCGCUACACUGAGAACUCUCUGAGAGGAGUCAUCCUGGAUAUCCACUUCCUGUCCCAGACCGAUUUCCUGGUCUGCACUUUCUCCUCACAGGUCUGCCGUGUGGCCUAUGAGAUUAUGCAGACGCUGCAUCCAGACGCCUCCUCCUUCUUUUACUCCCUGGAUGAUAUCUACUAUUUUGGAGGUCAAAAUGCCCACAACCAGAUCGCCAUCUACCCCCACCAGCCGCGCAAUAGCGAGGACAUUCCCCUGGAGCCCGGGGACGUGAUCGGCGUGGCCGGCAACCACUGGGACGGAUACUCCAAAGGCAUCAACCGCAAACUGGGCCGCACUGGCCUCUACCCUUCCUACAAGGUCAAAGAGAAAAUCGAAACUGUGAAGUACCCAACGUACCCCGAGGCAGACAAACUGCUCAACUCUCAAAAGAAGUAAAAGAAGAAAUGAAAAAAAAAAAUAAAAUAAAGGAAGAGAAGGAGUGAGGAGAAACACGCAGACUCCGAUUCCAGGGAACGAGGCUGCUUUUGUAC